UCCCUGGCACGUUUAUAAGGUGGCACUGUAGUGCCCGGUGCCACGUAACGUCUCCAUUCCUGUCCUCGCAGCCUCCCGCGCUUCCAGGAGUAGCAGCGCCCAAGCCACGCCCGGCCAGUUGCGCGAAGCUAAGGAGUUAGGGUUGACCGGGCUUUGAACACAAGUCGCUCAGGACCAACGGCCUGUUGCUGAAAAAAUGAAGCCGACAAUAGGAGACGACGGGAUAAAAAUGGAUUCUGAUUAACGUUAUUGUGUGGACGGGGGCUGAUCUUUCCCAUACGCCUUGUCCCCGACAAAACAAUUUGGUAGCCACUAACAAAUGCUUCGAGGUCUUGUGUCAAACACCACGUGGCCGUGUUUUGCUUCUGUUUCUCAUGGCCUUUAAUUUCACGCGCUUAGUUAACAUCAAGCCUCCAAGGGCUCUGAAACAGUUCUAGAAGCCAAAAUCCAAAGUCGUCUCAACAGCUACUUCUGUAAUGGCGCCUGCGUCAGACACUAACAUGGCGGACCCAGCCGUGCGCGGCGCAAACGUCAGCACCUCUACCCAAGCAGCUCGGAAACAGCAGAGGAGAGGAGGGCCGUGUUCGCUGAUUGGCUUAUAGUAGGAGCGUGCCGGCCCUGACGCUCCUAGGCGAACCAAUCAGAAAGACGAGAAAAGGAAUUGGCCGCUGCGCCUUCUCCCGACGCAUGCUGGGAGCCUGGAGGACUAGCGAGGAGGAGUUGAGAGAACGGAGCGGACGCCAUGGCGGCCGACAUCGAGCAGGUUUUUAGGUCUUUCGUGGUCAGUAAAUUCCGGGAAAUACAACAGGAGCUUUCCAGUGGAAGGAGUGAAGGCCAGCUGAAUGGUGAAACAAAUACACCAGUUGAAGGAAACCAGGCAGGUGAUGCUGCUGCCUCUGCCAGGAACUUACCAAAUGAAGAAAUAGUACAGAAGAUAGAAGAAGUACUUUCUGGGGUCCUAGAUACAGAACUACGAUACAAGCCAGACUUGAAAGAGGCCUCCAGAAAAAGUAGAUGUGUAUCUGUACAAACAGAUCCUACAGAUGAAAUUCCCAGCAAAAAAGCAAAGAAACAUAAAAAGCACAAAAACAAAAAGAAGAAGAAGAAGAAAGAAAAGGAAAAAAAAUAUAAGAGACAGCCAGAAGAAUCUGAGUCAAAGCUGAAGUCUCAUCAUGAUGGGAACAUAGAUUUAGAGUCUGAUUCCUUUUUAAAGCUUGAUUCUGAACCUUCAUCAAUGGCACUAGAGCAUCCUAUAAGAGCAUUUGGCCUAUCUGAGACCAGUGAAUCCUCUGCAGUUGGGCUAGAACCUCCCAUAUCAUCAAUGGAGUUAUCAGAUCCACACAUCCUAGAAACUCUGAAACCAGCUACAAAAACUGCAGAAAUAUCAGUUGGAUCUUCAUCUGUAAUCUCAGAGCAGUCUAUGGCACUAACAUUGGAACCAUCUGUGACAAAGAUUGUGGAUUCCUUUGUAACAGCACCGGUGCCUACAGCAGUAGUGCUGAAGUCAUCUGAGCCAGUUCCAACAAUGCCUGUGGAGUAUCAGAUGAAGUCUGCACUGAAGUCUUUGGAGCACACAUCUCCAGAGCCAUCAACGAGCAUGUUGGCUGAGCCUCCAGUAGCGAAAGAACUAGAGCCAUCUGAAACCCAUGUGAUAGCAGAGACAUCUACUGAGGUGCACCCUGAACCAAGCACGUUGACAACAAAGGAUUUUCCAGAGUCAUCUGCAACUGAAGUGCUAAGAUUGCCAGAGCAUCCUGUACCAUCAGAGAUUGCAGAUCCAUCCAUGACAAGACCUCAGGAUUUGCUGGAGCUGCCCCCCAAGACCUCAGCGUUGGAGCUGCCGGAGUCGUCGGUGGCCUCAGUGCUGGAGUUACCGGGGCCACCUGCGACCUCCAUGCCGGAGUUGCAGGGGCCCUCUGUGACUCCAGAGCUGGAGUUACCUGGGCCCUCUGCCACCCUGGUGUCAGAGUUGUCAGGGCCCCUUUCUACCCCAGUGCCUGAGUUGCCAGGGCCCCCUGCGACAGCAGUGCCUGAGUUGCCAGGGCCCUCCUCUGUGACACCAGUGCCACAGUUGUCGCAGGAAUUGCCAGGGCCUCUAGCACCAUCUAUGGGGUUAGAGCCCCCACAGGAGGUACCAGAGCCACCUGUGACGGCACAAGAGUUGCCAGGGCUGCCAACAGUGUCUGCAACAGUAGAGUUGCCUGGGCAGCCUGCGGUAACAGUAGCAAUGGAGUUGACCGAACAACCUGUGACGACGACAGAGUUCGAGCAGCCUGUGGGGAUGACAGCGGUGGAACAUCCUGGGCAUCCUGAGGUGACAACGGCAACAGGGUUGCUGGGGCAGCCUGAGGCAGCAAUGGUGCUGGAGUUGCCAGGACAGCCAGUGGCAACAACAGCACUGGAGUUGUCUGGGCAGCCUUCAGUGACUGGGGUGCCAGAGUUGCCUGGGCUGUCUUCGGCAACUAGGGCACUGGAGUUGUCAGGGCAGUCUGUGGCAGCUGGGGCACUAGAGUUGCCUGGGCAGCUCAUGGCAGCUGGGGCACUGGAGUUCUCGGGGCAGGCUGGGGCAGCUGGAGCACUGGAGCUUUUGGGGCAGCCUCUGGCAACAGGGGUACUGGAGUUGCCUGGGCAGCCUGGGGCGCCAGAGUUGCCUGGGCAGCCUGUGGCAACUGUGGCGCUGGAGAUCUCUGUUCAGUCUGUGGUGACAACAUCGGAGCUGUCCACGAUGACCGUGUCGCAGUCCCUGGAGGUGCCCUCGACGACAGCGCUGGAAUCCUAUAAUACGGUAGCACAGGAGCUGCCUACUACAUUAGUUGGGGAGACUUCUGUAACAGUAGGCGUGGAUCCCUUGAUGGCCCAAGAAUCCCAUAUGUUAGCUUCUAACACAAUGGAGACCCAUAUGUUAGCAUCCAACACCAUGGACUCACAGAUGCUAGCGUCCAACACCAUGGACUCCCAGAUGCUAGCAUCCAACACCAUGGACUCCCAGAUGUUAGCUUCUAGCACCAUGGACUCCCAGAUGUUAGCCUCUAGCACCAUGGACUCCCAGAUGUUAGCAACCAGUUCCAUGGACUCCCAGAUGUUAGCAACCAGUUCCAUGGACUCCCAGAUGUUAGCAACGAGCUCUAUGGACUCCCAGAUGCUAGCAACCAGCUCCAUGGACUCCCAGAUGCUAGCAACCAGCUCCAUGGACUCCCAGAUGCUAGCAACCAGCUCCAUGGACUCUCAGAUGUUAGCAACCAGCUCCAUGGACUCCCAGAUGUUAGCAACCAGCUCCAUGGACUCCCAGAUGUUAGCAACCAGCUCCAUGGACUCCCAGAUGUUAGCAUCUGGCACUAUGGAUUCUCAAAUGUUAGCUUCUGGCACCAUGGAUGCUCAGAUGUUAGCGUCUGGUACCAUGGAUGCCCAGAUGUUAGCAUCUAGUACCCAGGAUUCUUCUAUGUUGGAUUCUAAAUCUCCUGAUCCUUAUAGGUUAGCUCAGGAUCCUUAUCGGUUAGCUCAGGAUGCCUAUAGGUUAGGUCAUGACCCAUAUAGGUUAGGUCAUGAUGCUUAUAGAUUAGGACAGGACCCUUACAGAUUAGGUCAUGAUCCCUACAGACUAACUCCUGAUCCCUAUAGGAUGUCACCUAGACCCUAUAGAAUAGCACCUAGGUCCUACAGGAUAGCACCUAGGCCAUAUAGGUUAGCACCUAGACCCCUGAUGUUAGCAUCUAGACGUUCUAUGAUGAUGUCCUAUGCUGCAGAACGUUCUAUGAUGUCAUCUUAUGAACGCUCUAUGAUGUCUUAUGAGAGGUCUAUGAUGUCCCCUAUGGCUGAGCGCUCUAUGAUGUCAGCUUAUGAACGCUCUAUGAUGUCAGCCUAUGAACGCUCUAUGAUGUCUCCCAUGGCUGAACGCUCUAUGAUGUCAGCUUAUGAACGCUCUAUGAUGUCAGCUUAUGAGCGUUCCAUGAUGUCCCCAAUGGCUGAUCGAUCUAUGAUGUCUAUGGGUGCUGACCGGUCUAUGAUGUCAUCGUACUCUGCAGCUGACCGGUCCAUGAUGUCAUCGUACUCUGCAGCUGACCGGUCUAUGAUGUCAUCUUACACUGCUGAUCGUUCAAUGAUGUCUAUGGCAGCUGAUUCUUACACUGAUUCUUACACUGAUACGUAUACAGAGGCAUAUAUGGUGCCACCUUUGCCUCCUGAAGAGCCCCCAACAAUGCCACCAUUGCCACCCGAGGAGCCACCGAUGACUCCUCCGUUGCCUCCAGAAGAACCACCGGAGGGUUCAGCAUUACCCACAGAGCAGUCAGCAUUGACAACUGAAAAUACUUGGUCUGCAGAAAUGCCAGCAUUACCUCCUGAGGAGAGUGUAUCACAUCCUGAGCCGCCUGUGGAUCAAAGUGAGAUUUUAGAACCAUCAGCAGUGCCUACUAAUUAUUCAGUGUCGGGAUCAGAGCCCUCAGUGUUAGUGUCAGAGGCAGUUGUAACUAUUCCAGAACCACCGCUAGAGCCAGAAUCUUCAGUUACGUCAACACCUGCUGAGUCUGCUAUAGCAGCAGAAAAUGAAGUUACAGAGAGACCGGUGACUUGUAUGGUAUCUGAAACUCCCAUAUCAGCGGAAGCAACUGUGUUAACAUCAGAGCCUCCAGUUGUAACAGAGACGAUAGAAACAUUGGAGUCCAUGAAAUUUGAAGGACAUGUUGUUUCAGAGGUAUCCAUGUCCCUAGUGGAGCCAGCAGUAACCAUUCCAGAGCCAGCAGAGAACAUUCAGGAGAUGCCAGCUGUGGCAGUUCCAGCGUCUCCAGCCAUGGCUGUCUCAGAGUUUCCUGCUAUAGUUGUUGCAGAGACACCUGUUGUUGCUGUUCCAGUCUCAGAAUCGCCUGCCAUGACUGUCCCACAGUCGCCUGCUAUGCCUUUUCCAGAGUCACCUGCUAUGACUGCCCCAGAACCACCUGCCAUUCAAAAGCCAGAACCACCAGCUGUGGCUGUUUUGGAGCCUCCAAGUGUGGCUGAGCUGGAGUAUGUAACUGUUCCUGUGUCAGUGGUUUCUGCCCUUGAGCCUACUGUGCCUGUCUUAGAACCAGCAGUACCAGUCCUUCAGUCAGCUGUGACUGUUUCAGAACCAUGCAUUUCUGUCCAGCAGUAUACUGUGACUGUCUCAGAGCCUGCUGUCACUGUCUCAGAACAGGCUCAAGUAAUACCAACUGAGAUGGCUUUAGAGCCUACACCAGUGCUAGCAGAAUCUAGUGUUAUAUCGUCACAUGUUACAAAAGGAAUGAAUUCACUGUCUUGUGAUCAAAAUCUUGCUCCAGAGAUUGGUAUACAGGAGAAUCCAUUGCAUUCAGGUGAAGAGCCACAUGCUGAAGGACACCUGAAAAGUGACUCUUAUGAAAGUGAACGUGAUAUAAAUUUAGACCUUACUGUAAAUAAUCAUUUAAUUGCUAAAGCUAUGGAAAGUAAUACAGUGUCUAUUGUUAGCAUCGAUAAUGAUAAUAGAAUUGAUGAAGAGAAAAUUUUGCCCAUCAGUGAAACUAAGCAAGGUAUAAUAUUGGAUACCUGCCCUGGUGUUAGUGAAACUGAUGUAGAAGGAUCUCUGUCUUCUGUUGGUCCUCUUGCUCUGGAACCUGGUACAACAGGCACUAGUAAGGGCAUCGAGUUUGUCACUGCAUCUGCUCUCACUGCAAUUAAUAAUUAUGAUGACAUUUCUAUAACUGCUCAAGAUACUGAACAUGACAUGGUAAUUUCUACCAGCCCUGGUGGUGUUAGUGAAGCUGACAUAGAGGGACCUUUGCCUGCUAAAGACAUUCAUCUUGAUUUACCAUCUAAUCUUGUUAGUAAGGAUACAGAAGAAACAUCUGUAAAAGAGAGUGACCAGACGUUACCAAUUGCUCUUAGCCCUAAAGAGAGUGGAGAAAAUAAAGAAGUAUCUCUCCCUGCUAAAGAAGUGGUGUCUGAUUCAGGAUUUUGUGCUAACAUUGAUGAAAUUAAUGAAGCAGACUUAGUGAGACCAUUACUUCCUAAGGACAUGGAACGUCUUACAAGCCUUAGGGCUGGUAUUGAAGGACCUUUACUUCCAAGUGAAGUUGAACGUGACAAAUCAGCUGCCAGUCCAGUUGUAAUUAGUAUACCAGAAAGAGCUUCAGAAUCAUCAUCAGAGGAAAAAGAUGAUUAUGAAAUUUUUGUAAAAGUUAAGGAUACACAUGAAAAAAGCAAGAAAAAUAAAAAUCGUGACAAGGGUGAGAAAGAAAAGAAAAGAGACUCUUCAUUAAGAUCUCGGAGUAAGCGUUCCAAAUCUUCUGAACACAAGUCGCGUAAGCGAACCAGUGAGUCUCGUUCUAGGGCAAGGAAGAGGUCUUCUAAGUCCAAGUCUCAUCGAUCUCAAACCCGUUCACGGUCACGUUCAAGACGAAGGAGAAGGAGCAGCAGGUCAAGAUCAAAGUCUAGAGGAAGAAGAUCUGCAUCAAAAGAGAAGCGCAAAAGAUCUCCAAAGCACAGAUCCAAGUCCCGGGAAAGGAAAAGAAAAAGAUCAAGCUCCAGGGAUAACCGAAAGACAGGAAGAGCCCGAAGUCGAACCCCAAGUCGUCGGAGUAGGAGUCACACUCCGAGUCGGAGAAGAAGGUCUAGGUCUGUGGGUAGAAGGAGGAGUUUUAGCAUUUCCCCUAGCCGGAGGAGCCGCACCCCCAGCCGGAGGAGCCGCACCCCCAGCCGGAGGAGCCGCACCCCCAGCCGGAGGAGUCGCACCCCCAGCCGAAGGAGCCGCACCCCCAGCCGAAGGAGCCGCACCCCCAGCCGGAGGAGCCGCACCCCCAGCCGGAGGAGUCGCACCCCCAGCCGAAGGAGCCGCACCCCCAGUCGAAGGAGCCGCACCCCCAGCCGUCGGAGGAGAUCAAGGUCUGUAGUAAGAAGGCGAAGCUUCAGUAUAUCUCCAGUCAGAUUAAGGCGGUCAAGAACACCCUUAAGAAGAAGGUUUAGUAGAUCUCCCAUCCGACGUAAAAGAUCCAGGUCUUCUGAAAGAGAACGUCUGACAGAUUUGGAUAAGGCACAGUUACUUGAAAUAGCCAAAGCUAAUGCAGCUGCCAUGUGUGCUAAGGCUGGUGUUCCCUUACCGCCAAACCUAAAGCCUGCACCUCCACCUACAAUAGAAGAGAAAGUUGCUAAAAAAUCAGGAGGAGCUACUAUAGAAGAACUAACUGAGAAAUGCAAACAGAUUGCACAGAGUAAAGAAGACGAUGAUGUAAUAGUGAAUAAACCUCAUGUUUCGGAUGAAGAGGAAGAAGAACCUCCUUUUUAUCAUCAUCCCUUUAAACUCAGUGAACCCAAGCCCAUUUUUUUCAAUCUAAAUAUUGCUGCAGCAAAGCCAACUCCACCAAAAAGCCAGGUAACAUUGACAAAAGAAUUUCCUGUGUCAUCUGGAUCUCAGCAUCGAAAGAAAGAAGCAGACAGUGUUUAUGGAGAGUGGGUUCCUGUAGAGAAAAAUGGUGAAGAAAACAAAGAUGAUGAUAACGUCUUCAGCAGCAAUUUGCCUUCGGAGCCUGUGGACAUCUCUACUGCAAUGAGUGAACGUGCACUUGCUCAGAAAAGACUCAGUGAGAAUGCAUUUGAUCUUGAAGCUAUGAGCAUGUUAAAUCGUGCUCAAGAACGGAUUGAUGCCUGGGCUCAGCUGAACUCCAUUCCUGGCCAGUUCACAGGAAGUACAGGAGUACAAGUUCUGACACAAGAACAGCUCGCCAAUACUGGUGCUCAAGCCUGGAUUAAAAAGUAGUGCCUGCACCCUCCUCUAAGAUCCCUUGGCUCCUGUACUCCUCAUGCCUCUUGUGACUUCCAGCCCCAGGUUCCUAUAUGGUGGUCUGCUGUUGAUUACGGCGUGUGGUUGGGAGGCCCUAGUGUUAGCACUGCAUGUGUUGAACUUGCCAUGGGAGUGGAAAACUGGGGGAGGAUGGCUGGGAUGUGGGGUGGGCAGUGCUGAAGGGUGGCAAAGGGACUGGGGAGGGAAUGGAAGUUACUAUCUGUGGACCACCAUGUAGGCCCUGGUGGCCUUUGGUGAUCCACAGAAUCAAUUUGAGAACCACUGAUUUCGUGAAAAAACAGGAUAUAUAAAUCAAGGGAGAGGAUGGACACUUCGUGCUGUGAAGAUGUAGGUGCACCUGGUCUCAGAUUCCUGCAGUGAAAUGUGAACUCUACCUACAGCUGCCUCAUUAUUGGGGGAGCCUUAGGUGGUGAAGAAGGGCUUGCUGAAGAAAAGCGUUCUGGUGAAGGGAUGUGGGUGGGUUGGAUGGGUGAUGGGGUAUUUGUUUCAGGAGUACUGGCAACACAGCAGUACUGAAACUGGGAGGCUACGUGGUCUAAUGGAUUGGGAAAGUUUCUUUAUCCUGCUGUACUCCUGACUCCUUGUGUGAUCAUGGGCAAGUAAUUUGGAAUUUCAAAGACUCCCAAGUGUCAAGUGGAGACAGGUUCUUAUUGCCUCAGAGUGGUAAUCAAUGUGAUGAGUAUCUUUUAGAUAACUGGGAUAAGUGCCAUUCAUGAAUGAGUUUCUGGAAAAUGAUACUGGUUGCUUCAGACAUUUAAUGUGAUAACAUUUCAGUUUUGAUAAUAUCUGUUGAUCCUCUGACAAGUUAAUAAGACACAUAUCCUCAUUUUGCCUGUGUCUUGACAAGUUAUACUAAUAUGUGUACAGUGAGUACAUGGUCAUAGUCAACAAAAAAUUAAAACUUAGUUAUUAAGGGUGUUGAUAUUUUUAUUUAGUUAAAAUUAAUUCGUGUAGUACUGUAUUUCAGAAGCAGCUUUCAUCUUACUGGGAACAAUUAUAAAUGAACAUUUUUCUCUCCUUGGUACAGGGAAACGAACACCAGGCUUUAUGCAUGCUAAGUGUGGGGUCUACUACUGAGUUAUACCUCAAACCCUGAUUCCUUAACACUAGUUUUGAAUCUGAGUUCAGUUAGACAGGAAGCUUAUAGUGUUUAACAAAAGCCACACUUAACAGCCCAUAUAUUCUGUUUCCAUUGCAAAAUUUUACUUGUGUAACAAUGUGCUCUCCCUAAUGUUUAUUGUGUGAAUAGCAUCCUGUUAUAACUUUUACAAAGUGAAUCUCUUCCCUGAUUGAAUUGGCUUCACAGUUAUUACCAGUCUUGGGAAGCAGCUUAUAGAUACUUAAAUAGUGUGUCGUGCAAUCAUUAAAUAGUUUUAUUCUUAACAUUUUAUGUAAAAUUUAUAUUAGGAAGUAAGUCAUUUUGAUCAAUACUAUGAUGAUGUGUUCAUCAGCCCAUGCUUUAAAUUAUAG